AUGCAAAAAGCGUCAACAGUUGGCUUUGCAGUUGGCGUAACACUUGGCUGGAAUUCACUGGCAGGUCUUGCCCUGAGUUCAGCCAUUGGCUGGGAUUCAGUGGACGUUUCCGACGUCAUUUGUAUUGUCAGCGCAGGUGCUGCCGUUGGAUCUCUGUUAAUACCUGCAGUUUUGUCAAAUACAAAGAAGCUGCCGCGUAGAUUCAAGAAAGGCGCGAAUGGUCCUCUAGUUUUUGCGGCUGUACCGCUUCUUAUUUUAGGCUGGAUUUUAAUUUAUUUAGCUGAUUACUCGUAUCGAAUGCUGAUGGUGGGCCGAGUUGUGAGUGGCCUUGGUAUCGGAAGCGCCUGCGUCCUUGUGCCCCUUUACAUCGGUGAGAUUUCGAGUAACGAUGCUCGGGACACUCUCCUGGCCUACUUCCAUGCUAUGCUUACCGGCGGCAUAUUUUGUGCGUACGCGAUCGCAGCCUCGCGGAGCUACGGAGACGAUGUUGACGUCCUACCUUUGUCGCGCUACAGCCUUUGCUGCGCUCUGGCAUGUCUGCCAGGGCUCCUCUGUUGCGCAGCACCCCCGAGUCCCUACCAGCUGAUGAUGGCGACGCCCGAUGGCGGCGAAGAGGCCGCCAGAGAGGCGCUGCAGCGGCUCGACAGCAGUCGUCUGGUGGGGCAGGCAGGAAAGGAGGCGCUGGACCGGGAAAUCGAGCGAAUGCGCACGCUCGCUGUGCCGCGGGUAAAUCGACCCCUCGAGGCUAGUCUAGUCCGAGGCUUCUGCUUUCUUUUUCUCUUCUUUUUCUAUUUUGUCGGUUUUUUUAUCUACCGUCUUGGUCUUUUUUCAUUAGCAAAGUUAAAAGUGCUGAGAAACAAAAGGUUUUGGGGUGUUUUUUCGACUGUUACUUGCAUUAUGGCUUGCCAACAACUGAGUGGUGUAAGUCCUAUUAUCUUUAAUGCUUUAAUGCUUUUCGAUUUGGCUGGUUCAAACCGGUUAUUAUCAAGUCAAUUAAGCCUUAUUUUCGGCUCCAUACAAAUAAUUUUCUCAAUAUUGGUUCCGCUACUUGUUAAACGUCUCGGACGUCGAAAGUUGCUAUCCAUGUCAUCUACAAUCAUGGGAUGUACUUUACUUUUAUUGGGUUCAUACAUAAAAGGAAAAGACACAGUUUUUGAAUCAAAUAAUAUGAAUUCCUGGAUAUUGCCAAUGUCGUCAAUUGCUGUUUUCAUAACAUUUUAUAAUAUUGGAAUUGGUCCUAUAUCGUGGUCUUUAUUAGCAGAUUCAUUUCCUUUCGAGGUAAAAUAUUUAACUGCAUCGAUAAUUGUUGGAAUUGGCUGGUCUUUGUGCUAUGUAUUGAACUUUUAUAUUACUACAUUGAUGAUGAACUUAGGCGUAACCGAAACAUUAUGGCUGUUUAUUGUAUUCUCCAUACUUAACACAAUAAUUUCUCAGAUUUUUCUGAUUGAAUCAAGAGGAAAAACGCUGACGGAUAUUCAGGAUGAGUUCGUAAUUGAUUAAUAUUGUAUAUCAGACUUACGAAUG